AUAUCUUCAUCCACAACAGUAUAUGUGUUCGAGCCGUCCGAUGAUAACCUGCUUUCGGCAAACCUAACCGAUUGCUCGGAAUGGAGGUUCCCGUGGCUGAUCAUAGUCUGCAUAGUGCUCACAGUGGUGGAAAGGGAGCCCUCGGAAGUGGAUGACUACGACCCCUACCACGUGAACUGGAUCUCUCCAAACACGGGCUUUGGUUCGCGAAUGUCUUUGAACCGGACGGCUGUCCUCAACAACUCCUUCAACGACUCCAACAAAUCAAACAAAUCGUUGAGAUCUCAUCACUUAGUCUAUUAUAGAGACCACUUUGUGCCCAAACACUACUCCACACUACAGCCCCCUCUACAACAUACCCGUCCGCUGUCCAGGUAUUCGACGCAUUCAAGCAAAUCCAAGACAUCGCAAAAGUCGAGAAUAUCACAGAAAUCGCAGAAACUGCCGAAGAUUAUCGAAAUUGAUUACUCAAACGAUUUCAAACCAUACACUUAUUCGCUUAGGUAGACCAUACCUACCCAUACCAUACCAUUCAUCUGUUUAUAGCGAUUAAAUCAUUUUGUUAUUUAUUUAUA